AGAAAUUUAAAUUUGAAGCUUAGUUUCUCAUCUACAUAUUAUUCGUUUGCUUUGGUGGUAGAACGUGAUAACUUCUGCUUUGGCGCAUGCGGUUCGUAGCCAUACCCGUGCUCGUACCUGUCAUGGAUUCCAAGGAUCGACCGCGAACGCAAGCACGCGUGAUCGCACGAUUUUAUGCGUGAAAAUCAACGAUACAUCGAGAAAUCCGUAUACAAAAGUAAUGCACGAUUAUGAAUCGAUGGUAAAGUGGUGAUUUUGCAUUGAUCCAAGUGUUGGCGUCGUGUAAACAAUCGUCUCAAGAUGAAUCCUCUUGAUACGGGUUACGGGUCUUCUGUCACACGGAGCAUAGAUAUCGAAACCUUGUGCUUGAUGUACACGUUGGACGAUGAACAAAGGACUGAAUAUUUUUAGGGAAAAACGAAAGCUACCGAUAUCUGAUUGUUUAUCACAUUUUAUAUUAAUUUUCUGUGAUAAUCCGCAUGAAUAUUAUUGCUUGGAGGAUAUGUUUUUAACAACAAUUGUAGAUAUGUACAUAUAUAUGUAUAUAUAAGAUUUCUUGGCACGGAUAAUGCAAGUAAAAGUAGACACAAACUUCUUUGGACUUGUUGAGUCCAAUAUAUGUAUAACCGGUAUUGUGUCUGGCAUUGUGUAGGACGCUUAGAAAUUGUACACAAUACCAAGAUUAUACAGCGUGGCUACACAACACCUGCACGCGUACACUUGUCAUAUAAAUUACGAUGAGUGUUGUGCGCAAAUGUGCAUUAUUAAAAAGCAAAUAAAUAUAAUAGAGCAUUAUAUGUGAGACUACUAUCGAACGUAUAUAACGGUUAUCUGCCGAUAGAACGGCACGUGCAACGAUAAUAAUAGAACUGUAGGUGCAUUCACAUACGAGGGAUACCUGUUGUGUAGUAUGUUAAAGAUACAAAGUUUCACGCUUAGGCUCACUUCAAUCAUCAGCGGAAUUAGAUCCGAUUAAAUCGAUAAAUCCAAUCGAGCUAUAGUGUUAGAAAUACGCUUUUGCCUCUCAAUAUGUAUCUUCGAACGAUAGCUUACCAGAGUAGACUAUUGUAAUCUCUAACAUCAUAUUCCAUUGUUUGACGAUCGAUAAGUGUUCAAUAGUUACCAUAAUGAGUUCUCGUAGCUUGGUUUUAUGCCCAACUUUUGUUUCUUUUUUGCGCCUCCAGAUAAAGUACAUUUUUAGUAUCCUCCAAGGUAUCGAUAACUUGUUUAAAAGGAAUUAGGUCGAUGUAUUGUCUACGGAACGUCAGAUUUGAUCACAUUCAGAAUCAACCGUUUUGUAUCUUACGGAUACAUGUAUCUUGGAUAUUUUUUUUUUUUUUUUUUUUUUCAUUUUUGAGAUAUAGAUAAAUCUGUGAAGUCAUUUUACAUUUAUAUAUCACGAGUGCUUGUCAACUGGUUUUGUGCCCAAGGCUGUUCAGUGAUAAUCAAAUUCCAUUCCAUUUGGAAGGCGUGUUCUAAAAAUUCAUUAUAUGUUCUCUGAUUCCAAUUAUAGAAGUUCAAUUAUUCUAAAUGUCGCGAACAAUUGGUUUGAUAAGGAAGAUAGUAAAAUGACAUAUAAAAGGUCGUUAGAUAAAAUGAUUUAAAAAUCGGUAAAGAUUUUCGCUAGUAUUGUUCGUACUUCGCAUCUAAUCGCAUGUUUCAUUACAAUUUUAUUCCGAAUUGUCGUUUAGUCAAUAUAGUUAUUUAUAUCGACCAGUGGAUGUCAAAUCUUAGAUUAUUUUCGGCCAGAUAUCUUUUUAUAUCUGGAUUGCCAAAUUAAUAGAUUUUUACUGCUAAAAUCUAAAUGACUCUGUAGCAAACAUACGUUGGAUCAAUGAUAGGGAAGUGAUUGCUAAUCACGUGGUGCUGAAGCAUGCGAUAAUUAGGGAAUGAUAGUUGAAUCGUGAGCAAAUUUUAUAUAUUCUCUAAUGCAAUCUUGUAAAUUAAUUCUCUAAGUUAAAUAUAAAAAUUGAUUAUCCUAUUUUUCUUCUUCUUCUAUUUCUUUUUCUUUUUUAAUAAUUUAAAUAACGUUAACGCAACUUUUGUAUCGCUCGAUGCGGAAACGCGCAUAUCCGUUAUCAUUUCCUGUAAUGUCAUUGUAAAACAUAUAUGGUACACUGUAUCCUGACUCCUUUCGUGACGAGAAAUAUGCUUCGAAACAUUGUGAAUAGCGUAUAUAGAAAUGCAUCUACUUUGUCCCAUCGAAAUAAAUGCUCUUCGGCACGCGUUUUCCGCUCGUUUCGAUUUGCAAUAACGUUUAUUUUAUCGGAAUGACACGAAAAUGUUCGGCAUGUAUCGAAUAUAAAUAGCGUACGGUAUUUUUCGCGCAUGUGAAUGAUUUGCAGAAAAACGUACGAUGUAACGUGAUUAAAUACGUUAAUAGCAAUUUGGUAUUGCUGUGGGAAAUGAUAUUGCUGGAAAAAGCCGAUCUAUUUUUGCGUUGCGUUAAAUAGAGGCGUGCGAGGUCAUUUUGUUUCGCCAUUCUCCCAUAAUCGUCCUGUUUCGCCACGAUUUUCAUUCUUAAUACGAUCAUCGUUAAUGUACCAUUACAAUGUUAUAAAUUAACGUUAAUAUCGUAACGCAUUAAAUGAUCGUACUUUUGUGAAAUCGAUCAACAGAUCAGAUUUUCGAAGAUAUAUCCGAUUUUUUCUUUUCAAACAGGAGAAACGUGAUUAAUAUUCACGAACGGAAUGGAAUAAAAUUAACUUAUUCAAAUUUAUUUCGUUCGAUACGCAAUCGCGUGUCGGGACUUUCAAUUAUUUCGAUAAAAAAAAAAAAAAAAAAAAAGAAAAACCGUAAGAUAUCAAGAAGUCUUAUUUUCAACGUCCCUUUGCAAUAAAUCUUUGAAAAUUUUUGCAUACGAGGUGCGCGUAUUUACCGUUUCGCGUAAGUCUCGAUAUUUUAUGGAAAAGUGGAAUUUAGAGGUUCCUAUGGAUUUUUAUUUAUUGCCGUUCACAAUGCACUUCCUCGUUCGUGAAUAAUACCCAUCUAACUCGAUCAAUUUUCCCUGGCUACGGUUUAUAUUCGCGCCACGAUUUCGAACGUACAUAACACACGUACGUACGAGCGUACGUAACUUGUUGACAAACCUCUACACGAUUCGGGACGACUUCCUUCACUUUCUCGACUGGCUGUCCCGCCGCUUCCUAUCUCGCCCAGUCGAGGUCGAGCUGGUGAACGAUUCACCUUGCUCUUGAAAGUAUUGCUCGCGGAAGUUAUCGUCAACUUUGAAAAAGAGGAAUCCUCCAUUCUCUUUCCGAUCGUGGUACGAGGAAAUAUCUGCCGACACAGUUCUUCUCCUUUCCGUUUUUUAAACUGUGAUUCGUGUUAGUGUCGUGUCGUGUGUGGUGUGUAGGUGAUAUCGAGUUUCAAGAGUUUUCAGUGGUUGUUGAAGAAAUUAGUUUGUAACGGUAACAAACUCGGAAAGCCGUAACUUCCAUCCGGAGGAGCAGGUGGCAGCAAUCGCGCUGGAGCUUUAAGAACCAAGGGGUGGAGAAGGCUGGAGAACGCGUUUCCCGUCGGAUACUUGGAUCAGCCGAGGAAGGAGGAUCGUUUUCAAGGAAGCUUUCGUGCAACCUGUGCACGUUCUCCUUCUUCGUCAGUAACAGGCAAGAAAGACUUAAAAGGGGGUGGCGAGGAUGAGGCAAGUAGUUGUGUUGGAGCCGGCUGGCAGCGUUCUGGUGAUCAGGCAGACUUCCCUCGGUAGUAACGUCACUACCGGUAACACCAAUUCCAAUGUUGGAUCCAAUAACGCUCACGAGACCCAUGGGCUCGCCAAUCACGCCGCUGUGUCCACGAUUGCCUCCAAUGAUCACAAUCAGAAUCGUAUCGUCGUCGUGCGCUCGUCCUCCUCGACCUGCAUGACUACCACGGCUGACAAUCAUUCAUCCGCGAACGGUAACAACAUCAAUAUUAACGGCAACCUGAACGGGAACUCCGGGGCAAUUGGUAGCAAAGCGUCGACGAAGGUUGUGGUUGGUAGCGGAGUUUCCAAGUCGAACGAGAGAAACGAUCAUCUUAGAAACGAUCACAAGAGCCAAGAUGGGAUCGGUGAAUCGAACCCUGGAUGUCGUCCAAGGACGAGCAAGGAAGCAGUUCACGAGAACGUCUCCUUAGACAGGAAGCUCGAUGGCGCGGAUCCCAUCUCCGAUGGAGAUCCGAUAAAACUUCCGGAGAAUUUGGAGACCUUGCCACGAGCUGAACAUUUUCCAACUCAGAGGCACCGAUGGAACACCAACGAGGAGAUUGCUGCCAUCUUGAUCAGUUUCCAAAGACACGCGGAAUGGCAAAGUCGGGAGGUGAAGGUACGACCUCGAAGUGGUUCGAUGUUACUGUACUCGAGAAAGAAAGUCCGUUACCGGCGGGACGGUUAUUGCUGGAAGAAACGGAAAGAUGGUAAAACUACACGAGAGGAUCACAUGAAACUGAAGGUGCAGGGAGUCGAGUGCAUCUACGGCUGUUACGUGCACUCGGCGAUCCUUCCGACGUUUCAUCGGCGAUGUUAUUGGCUACUACAGAAUCCAGACGUCGUCCUCGUUCACUACUUAAACGUUCCUUACCCGGACGGUGAUGCAAAGCUAGCGGCGCUGCCACCGUGUCUCGCACUGCCGCCAGACAAGAAGGAGUGGACGCGUGACGAGCUGGCUUCUCAGCUUAGACCUAUGUUCCUCGGUGGAGACGACGAUCCGAACAAUCCUCACCUUACUCAACACUCGAAUCAUCCCGUCGACAUGAUAGUUUCUCAACUGUUGGACAGACAGAGAGCAUCUUCCACUUCCUCUACCACCAGCACUCAGCUUGCACCUAGGAGAUUAACGCCGGACAAUCAGGUUUCUUCGACUACCGGAGGUCAGCAAUCGUCGACAUCAGCCUCACCGGCUCCUCGCGUAUACUCAAGACAUUCCCACACGACUCAAAGCCAACAACCGGCUCCUUUAGUUUUAAGUUUGCAACAGAUUCAAGGUGGUGGCGGUCUUCUGAUACUGAACAGCCAACCGUAUCACCAUCAACAACAGCAGCAGCAGCAGCAGCAACAACAACAGCAGCAGCAACAGCAACAGCAACAACAGCAGCAACAGCAGCAGCAGCAGCAACAACAACAGCAGCAACAACAACAAAGCCAACAAGUGGAAAUGCAACAGGUUCCGGAGCAACAAAUCGUACAGCAGACGAGCGUGGACAGAGAGCAACAGACCCAGCAGGAAAUAGAAGCCCAGGAAAGUAUGGAUCGUAGCACGGUGCAAUCGUUGCCGAUCGGUGGCGCCGGCCCCGAGGUCACCGAUUUCGCCGAGACUUUGGACCUGAGUCAAGAGGACAUUCAGCGAACGUUAUCCGCGAACAUGGUACCACCAUCCCCGUCCCCUUCCCCGGCGGACAACAGUAUGAUCAAUCCAAUGGAUUUCAUCGAUUCGUCGGACGACGUCCUCGUCAAUUUGGACGCGUUCGACGUGUUCGGUGAUUUGCCGGAGCUUCACGAUUUCGAGGCUGAGCAGACUAAGGCCGAGGAGAGGGGAGGGUCCGAUAACGAUGUGGGAUGUCAUCCUGGAACAACCGUCCAUAUCGCGGAGUACAGUCCGGAGUGGAGUUAUACGGAAGGUGGUGUAAAGGUAUUGGUAGCUGGCCCUUGGACCGGUGGGAGUAAUUCUCAAUCUUAUUCGGUGUUGUUCGACGCCGAACCGGUCGAAGCGUGUUUGGUACAACCAGGAGUGUUGCGGUGUCGUUGUCCAGCUCAUGCUCCGGGGAUAGCGUCUCUUCAGGUGGCGUGUGACGGGUUCGUCGUUUCCGACAGCGUUGCUUUCGAGUAUCGUCGCGCGCCAACAACCGAGCCAAGCCCGGAACGAGCUCUCUUGGACCGUUUGGCGGAUGUUGAGUCACGUUUGCAAGGACCGGGUCCGCCGUCUCCCGCAGCACAUCUGGAAGAGCGAUUAGUGGCGUAUUGUCAAGAUGCCGUUGUCCGUCCGUGGCGAGCCGGAGCGGAACCGUUACAAUCCGGCGGCCCUACUCUCUUACAUUUGGCCGCAGGAUUGGGCUACUCCAGGUUAGCUUGUGCCCUCCUUCACUGGAGAGCGGAAAAUCCUAGUAGCGUGUUAGAUGCCGAGGUCGAUGCUCUGAGGCAAGAUAGCGCAGGUCUUACGCCGCUCGCUUGGGCUUGCGCGGCAGGGCACGCGGAUACUGCCAGAAUUCUGUACAGAUGGAACGCAAUGGCGCUUCGCGUGAGGGAUUGUCAGAACAGAACUGCGACCGAGUUAGCGGCGGAGAACGGUCACACGGCGAUCGCCGAAGAAUUGAAUCGACUCGAAGCGAGAAGACAAGACGAGAGGCUUUUCUUGCGACCCGCCAGCCCUAGCCCUAGGAGGCCAUCUCAAGACAGCGGUCUCGAUCUGGCGUUGUGUGGCUCGCCGCUGCUGGACAACAUGGAAUUGUUGCAAGAGGAUGACUCGUCAUUAGCCCUCAGCGAGCAGGGAAUGGAAAGCGCUCCGACCCCUCAGGAGACUGUAGGGGAAGAAGACGCGAGGGUGCUGACAUUGGCUGAGCAAAUUAUAGCAGCGCUACCGGAAAGGAUCAAGAGAGCGGAAGGUGAUUCUCCGUCUUCUUCCUCGCCACCUCCCCCGGCACCGCCCUUGUCAUCUCUGGAGGAUGCUUUGAUGGAACAAAUGCCGCUCGAUUCUGGAGAAUUGUUCGACUCGUAUCGCGAGUGCAGUGGAGGAGCGGCAUCAGUCUCGGAUGCUGACGCAGAUGCUAGCCCCUCGAGUCCGUCUAGCAGCUGCCUCACACCGGACUCGCCAUCUCCACCGCCUACGACGGCCGACUUCUGCGAAUUCUUGCAGCUGCAGUUGCAGCUUGACGGCAAUAACGGCCAUAACGGCCAGUACUAUUCGACCGGUGGAGAUCGAAAGUUCGGUAACGUGAUCGGCUCUGGGAUUUGCGGGACUGUGACAGGUGGUGGUAACGGAAACGGUGAUGGGAACGAAGCGGAUCUGAGCAGGCUAACUCUGUCCGAUCGGGAGCAAAGAGAGCUUUAUCACGCCGCUAGAAUGAUCCAGAAAGCCUACAGAAAUUACAAGGGGCGACAGAGGCAGGAGGAAGCGGAGAGACACGCUGCUGUACUCAUCCAACAAUAUUAUCGUCGACAUAAACAGUACGCUUAUUUUAGACAAGCUACGAAAGCUGCUCUGGUGAUACAAAGUAACUACAGGAAUUAUCGCUCGCGUCCUGGCUCGGCCAGCUCGAGGCAGCAAGCGGUUCAUCAGCAGGCUGCUCAUCAAGCUGCAAGGAAGAUCCAACAGUUUAUGCGGCAAUCGAAAAUCAAGCUGCAGAACGCCAGGGCCGCCGCAAACGGGAACGGGAGGCCGCCAGCGGGCAUUUUACGGGCGGUUGCUGUCCCCCAAAGCUCGCCCUCAUCUAGCCCAGGGGCCAGCCUAGUAGCCGCCAACCCAGAGGUCACUUAAUCGACUGUCGAUCGAACGGCACACAAAAUGGUGAUGAUACGUCGGACACAAAGUAAUAGAGCCUAGCCAACCAAUUUUAACGUGGCCGCCAAUUUUAACGGGCGAAGUGGUCGCCGUAAUGGCCGAAUUUUCGUCGAGGUUCGCGGAAAAGAAAGAAAGAAAAAAAAAAAAAAAAAAAAAAGGUUCCAAGGAAUAUUACACGAAGUCCAAGAAAUCCUUUGACGAUCAACAACCGACACGGACACGCUUUACUCUCUUACAUCCCUGAUCACGUACCUGCCUUUCGAUCUUAAACGAAAAUCUCUCCAUCAUCUCUUUGACCCACACAAUUCAGACGAGGGAUUCGAUGUCGUCAUCCCGAUCUACCUUUUCGUUUCAUUUCAAUUUAUUCUGAAGCUGCCGUUUAAUAUAUCCAUUUCCUGCAUUUUUUUUCCUCGGUCGACGUGACGCUAAGUGGUAUCAGAGGUAGGUGGUCUAUCAUGGUCUCUCUGACACGUUCGUGUAUAUAUAUAUAUACAUACAUAUAUAUAUACACGUGUUGCAAGGCGAUUCAAGCAUAAUAGAUAAUGCAUUGAUUGAUUUCGAAUCAUUCAUUUAAAAUCAGUCGAAUCAUGAUCGUAGCAUUGUUCGUAGAAUUGCCCUCCGCUCGUGGCAUAUCCAAUUAUUCGACAAUUAUUUUUCACGGUUAACGGUACAAAAAGAAGUUAUGUUUUUUGUUUUGCCGAAAUCUCUUUUUCUUUUUUUUCAGAACGACUAUAUUUGCAUUGAUUUUUGAUACAUUGUAUAAAUACUUUUUUUUUUUUCCUUUCCUUUUUUUUCCAAUCCUUUGCAAAUCUGGCAUCUGGAAUUUGAAGCCUUUGAGCCUUUCUUCAAGUCCAUUUGUUCGCGUUGUCCGUCGAAGUGUUUCACGCGAUAAUACUAAGUUAAGUAUGUUCAUUUCUUUUUUUUUUUUUUUUUAUUUUAAUUAAGAUUACUAACUAUGAUUUACAUUAUGAACGAUACAAGACUCGAUGUAGACAACGACGAUGGAAGAACAGUAUUGUUAAAAAUUUGUAGAAACGUCGUUAAGAAAGAAUUUUUUUUCUUAUUCUUUUUUUUUUGUAUGAUUCACACGCAUACGUACACACAUACACACAUACAGACAUAAAAAAUACUUGUGUAUACUAUUUUACGUUUUCCCAUAUUAAUCUCGGAAUGAGAGAGAUGAAAAAGAAUAUAUUAAAUAUUUAUAUCGCGCGUUAUUUUAAACGAGAAUUUAAAGACGUUCUAUUUGUUUGCUUUUUUUAAUUUUUAUUAAUAUUAAGUAUUUAAUAUUUAUGAAAAGCGAUCGAAAUUCGACACGCGAAUCUUUUAUUUGUAGCUGUCGUAUCGAACGCUUUUCCUCAUUUAUUUUAUUUUUUUCUCACUAUAUAUAUAUAUAUAUAUAUAUAUAUUUACGCGAAAUCGAAUUUUUGAAUCAAAAGAGAUUCGAAUCUCGUGUCAUUUUUUUCAUUUCUUUUUUUCUUUUCUCUUCUUUUCCCUUCUUUCUUUCUUUCUUUCUUCUUUCCUUUUUUUUUCUUUUUUUUUUUCUCUUUACGAUCAAACGUGAUGCGAAUGUUUGAUUGCCGUUUGAUAAUACGGUGCAAUAUCCAUUGUACGCGAACGUUCAGAAGAUAUUUACGAUACUGCAUAAUCGAAAUUAGGUGGCAGCAAUGAUCUCUUCUUUGCACGAUACAAUUUCUUUGUUGCUUUAAAAUAAGAAGAAUACGAUUCAGAUCGAUGAACGAGAAAGACAUUUUAUUUUCGCUGAAGUAUCUGGUGUAUUUGAGAUCUGAGGAAGAAAGAGAGAGAGAGAGAGAGAGAGAGAGAGAGAGAGAGAGAGAGAGAGAGAGAGAGAGAGAGAGAGAGAGAGAAAGAGAGAGCAUGGACGAGAGCAUGAGCGUGUGAGCAAGAAGGCUGCUAGAGAAAUAAAACAAACAAAAAAAAAAAAAUGUGAGAACUAGAGAGAGUUUAAACAAAAAAGUAAGAAGUAAAAGCAACUUAAAAAAAAAAAAAAAAAAAAAUCCAUAAAAAAAUCAAGAGCCCUUUCUCUAUUUAAACGGGGGGGCACUUCAUCCACGGGCUGUGCUUAAAGUCACAGUAUAAUCAACUUUGUAGAAUUAUAUUAGGAUAAGAUAGUCGACUACAUUGUUACAAAACUACCUACCGUUUCUCUCUCCAGUAGGGGAUUUUUUUAAAGGUUCUUUAGAUAAAAAAAAAAAGUGGGGAAAAAAAAAAUAGAGGUAAAUUAAGGUGUAGCGAGGCGGAAUAUAUGCGCACGGGGGCACAGCCGUGGUACCCGCGUUCAAAUUCAUUUAAGAAGACAAAAAUCUAUUGUGAUAAAUUAAUGGUGAUCCAAGAAAGUAUUUCCGCGGAAAAUACUAAAGAAAAAAAAAAAAAGUUACGCAAAAAAAAAAAAAAAAAUCGAACGUCUCGACGUCCACUGGGGACACGAGACGCCGAGACGAAAAAAACAGACAGACAGACAGACAAAUCCGGUAUGAUGAGUUUUGAGAUUAACCGCCGUCAGAUCUGUCGGGAGAAUCUGUUGAUAGAAGGACCGAUUGAUCCUCAUCUUCUAUAUAUAUAUAUAUAUAUAUAUAAUAAUAUAAAAUAAUAUAUAUAUAUAUAUAUUAAAGAUAAAAAGUAAAAAAAAAAAAAAGAAAAAAAAAUUAAAGAAUCCUGUGUUGAUCCUCCGGUAUUUAAGACAAACUAUGAGGUUUUUGUAGCGAGAUAAUUAUUGUGCGGAGCGCGAAUGGGAGAAAGAGAGAAAAGAAAUGAAUUAUGAUAAAACUGUACACACGAGUCAAUUCCAACGAGCAUUUUCAUGCCAUUAAGCUUAAAGAAUUAUUAGUUGAUAAUGAAAAACAAAACAAAAAAAGAAAAAAAAAAAAGAGACGAUAAGAGGGAAGGGUGCGAAUGGAAGAAGAGGAAGAAAGAGAAUAACAAAUUCUUACACUCUUUUAAUCAUUGUUAAUUAAUUAAUUAAUUAAUUAAUCACGAUCCUAUCGAUACUUAAAAUGAGACGAGUAAAAUAAUAAUUAUUAUUAUAUACACAAAACUAUUAUUAUAUUCAUAUUUUUGCUUAUUACAUAUUUAAGAAAAUAUUAAACGAGGGCUAGCGAGUAUAGUAUACAUUACUAAAAGAGAAAACGAAAAAAAAAAAAAUGAUUAAAAAGAAAAAAAAAAAAGGGGGAGCGAGGCCGAUGGCGAAAAGGAAAUCUCACUUUAGGAAAUAUUUUUAGUCUGUCGGGCUUUGUACAACUUCGUGCGUGGCAAUCAAUCUUCGAAUUUUACCAUUAAUGUUAAUAUAUCUUUUUUCGAGAAGCGAGAAUAAAAGAGAAGAGAAAAAUUAGAACUUUGUACACACGCCGAGAAUAAAAAUGGGUUUUCUUCUUUUUUUUUUUUUCUUCCGAGUUUCCGAGACAGUGGCCCGAUCUUCGAAUGCAGCGGUUACGUCGCUUUUCCGAUAUUCGAGAACAAAAAAAAAAAAAAAGAAAAAAAAAAAGAAAUAUUAAAACGUAAUAAUCAAAGAAAAAAGUUUGAUAAAAUAUUUGCACACAGUAUUUUUCGGUCGUGAUUAAGGAAAGUUCCCAUGAUGGAAAAGGCGACGCCGCGGAUAAAAUAUUUCAGAAGUUCCCCGUUUAUUAUUCUUAGAAUCGCAUUAAAUUACCACGUACAUCAAGAUUAUCGAGGUGUAUGGAGAACAUGGCGGGAUUAAAAAUAAAAAAAUGAGAAAAUGCUAAAAAAUAAUAUUAAUUAAAAGACAUCGCUAGGGUAGGCGCUUCGAGGAUACAUAAACUUUAAAAGUCACUUAAUAAAAAUUAUUCUCAAAAUAUAAAAGUUUAAUAAGUAAACAAAUUUUUAAAUCUACGUAAGAAAGCCAAGAGUCAAAGACGACUAGAUGAUAGGAGCCGCAUGGCCUAACUGCUGCCACUUUAAUUAAUUAUAAAUAAUUAAUUAUAACUUUAUUACUACUUAAUUAAACUCGAUACAAAUGAGAAAAUAUGUCAUGCCACUUUUCAAACUAAACUUUCUAGAUGCAGAGACGAAUCAGUAGGUAUAGAAGACUAUUAAAAGAAAACUUCUCUUCUAAUUGGGAAUGAUUGAUUCGCGCUAUAGAUUCGAAUAUUUCCAAUUGUCCAGUCUCCAGAAAAUCGCACGAGAUAUAUAUACGCGUGUAAGAUGCCUCGUUAUAAACCAGCACGACUUUUCACACGAAAAUUGGCAUUUCAAAUUGCAUAAGAAUUCGUUGUCUGUCCUCGAAGAAAUACAUACAGAAAUACAUUUUUUUUUUUUUUUCAAACGAGCUGAAAAUACUAUCGACAUCAUAUACGUGUUUCUUCAUCUAUCGGUCGAAAAAAAGAAAAAAAAGAAAAAAAAAAAAAAAAGAAAAGAAAGCAUGUGGAGAAGCAUUGCGAGAUUGAUUGAUUCAUAAGAGAAAAAAAGGAGAAAAAAGAGAGAAAAAAAAAAAAGAAUUUUGCAUGUCCACGCGUUUUUUACGACGAGAUACGACGAGCUUCGAUCUUGAUGUCAUGUUGGUGUAUCACGGGUCAUCCUGUAGAACGUUUGUAUCACGAUGUCGAAAAGGUCGAAACGAUCGGAUAUCGGUGCCUAGCUCAUGUUCUACUCACUGUUCCUUGAUUAAGACGGUCACUUUGUACCUGCUUGCUGCCUGCCUGGCCCGUGCGUUACAUAAACAUAUUUCUAGUCUUAUCGAGGUGAUCAAUCCUCUGUAUUUUACUCGAUAAUAACGUCCAAGCAUGUCGCGUACUUUCGUUGUGAUAAUCCGACGGCGUGGCGUCCCGACGGCCCUUGCCGUCCAUGCGGUUUUUCUACACGAUAUCGAGGAAGCGUAACGCCGAUUAAUUAUUUGUUAUAUCCCAUUCGAUUUCGCGAAGAGCAACUAUCCCGAAGGAAGGUUGAUGGUUUCGACAGCUGUUUCGACAUCUACAUCCAGCCGACGUUUGAAUUCACGUUCGAAAAUUCACGAAGCUGAUUUUCUUGGAUACUAUAUAUGUAUAUAUGUAUAUAUAUACAUAUACACGCAUAUAUAUAUACAUACAUAUUUCCUUGUCAUCGGGCAAGACGCAACAUGAACGAUGAUCGAUUGUCGACACGUGGUCAAUCCGGUUCCAAGGGAAUCCAUCUGAUCGCGUGAAUUUUGGAACGAUGGCUGCAAUUAAAAUUUAAACAAGUUCGUGCUACUUUUAGUGGAAACGAAUAAUGGUAAAGGCUCCAUCUCUUGUAAUAUUUUUAUUAUCGCAAACGUAAUAUUACAUUAUUAUUAAAUUAUAUUAAAUAAAGGAUUACGCCACUGUUUAUUAUUUAUUGACUAACGUUCGACUAAUAUUGUAAAUAAUAACGAAAAUAUUUUAUCUAUAUUUCCGAUCCGGGGGUGUUGGGCGGGGCAGCGUAUUACCUCUUGUCCGCCCUUAUGGCGAUCCUACGAUCGCCGUUCGCCCACCCCCUAUUGUUACACCAUUUCAUCAUUGCAUUUAAUAAAUUAUAUAUUUAUUGA